CUGGUGAUGAACAGCGCAGCUGUAGCAAAAUGUUCUGUUCGGUUUGUUGCCUUCUURUUUUUACCGGCAGUGGCGAGACUUYGCUAAAGAGACGACAGGCAAGGAGAGAGAGGAGUAAAAUUGAAGAAAAUUACAUAAACAUUGCAUUUGGAAUUUCCGUGUCUUAAAACAGAACAGGAGAAGGUGUUCUUCAGUGAGCGGUAGAGCUGCUCUGUCUCAGUCCAAUCAGAGUUCCCAGACCACCGCUCCGCCAGGUGUAUCAGACCACUGGGAAUGACUGCGCCUUCACAACCUCACCAGGAGUGGGCGCUGGAGGACAACGCCCACAUCAACCACACAGCCAGGAGCAUCUUCCUUCCUUUAGCUAGGAGAGCCUUUCUUUCUACCUUUAGCUAGGAUAGACUACUUUGUUUGUGUGAGCCUGCGAGUCCAGUCCUGGGUUGAGAUACAGCUUUGUUGCCGGUGAUUGGAGAAGAGAGGGAGAGCUUCCCAGACCACCAGGAGAGGAGAGACCGUGAAGACGGCUGCCCGAUCCGGAUCAGUUCACCAGAUCUUUACUCUCACUAUUGCUGGUUUAAUUAGUAGUUAUCGGCUCAACCAUUGGAAGUCCAUGGGCUAAAUAUACAUGAUAUGCAGACACACUUUCAGGACUACCCCCUGCUCAGUGUGAGGUGCUCUGUUCCCCUCCACGUCCGCUGCCCGUCUGCUGGAUGUUUUGGCGGCUCUGAGGACUGCAUGGCAGUGGCGUAAUCGUGGAGAGGCCAGGGUACCACAAACUUAUGGACUUUGACAAGAGAGGAGGAGGAGGAGGAGGAAAGGGGGAGGCAGAGGAAGCGAAGAAGAUGUCGAAGUCCGGAGGGAGCCGGUCGGGGCAUGGCAGUCGCAGCUCGGGGAGCAACUCCGGGGUGCUCAUGGUGGGCCCUAACUUCCGGGUCGGGAAGAAGAUUGGCUGUGGGAACUUUGGAGAGCUUCGCCUGGGGAAGAACCUGUACACUAAUGAAUAUGUGGCCAUCAAACUGGAGCCCCUGAAGUCGCGGGCCCCACAGCUCCACCUGGAGUACAGGUUUUAUAAGCAGCUGGGGAGUUCAG